UGACGUAGAUCUGUCAGGAUUUUCUAAUCUUAAGCCGGGCGUACACUGUGCAACUUUUUCACUCGUAGCACUCAGCUUCAGCUCAAACUGUACGACUUCCUCGCAGGGCAGAUCUCACGAGUCAUGUGCUCACACUGCACGACCCAGUUCUCGGAAGCGACCUGACUGCUCACACUGUACGUCUGGUAGCAACACGUCGGCCCUAAAAAUAUGCUUAAAAUAGCAGUUUUUACACAACACGUCAGACUUUUUUGUCUUGUUUUGCCUGUUGUCCUUCGGGAGUGCUGCAGGAGGACACACAGCGAUUUAUGGGGGUUGGAUGAGGAAAACGAAAUAAAGAAAGUAAAUCUGUGUUUUGUGAUCAGUUUAAUUUCACAUGAACACAACAAACACACUUUCUUGACAAUCUUUGUGAGUAAAAAAAACAUGUAGAAAUUAAAACGAACGUGUGUUAUUAGGGAAAUAGCGGGGAGUGGUAUUGAUGCAGGAUUGCGCAUGCGCCGUGAGCGGUUCUGAUACAUUUUGGGUCGCAGCUGCUCGCAGUGCCGCUUCAGCAGUGUGAUACCCUCACGAGGGACGAGCAAAAUAUUAAACACGCCAGAAGUCCGUGCGAGCACACGAUUGCUGAUCGGUAGCUGGUCACGUGGUGUUAAUCGCCUCUCGUAACCCCCUGUACACUACACGACGCUUGGCGCAAAACUCGCCCCGAUCUCGUGGAUUCUCGCACGACUGGAAAAUCGGCUCAAAAAAGUGAAAAAGUCGCAGUGUGCGCCCGGCUUUAGAGUUUCACCGUCUAUUUUCUAUCAGAAGCUAAUGCAGGGGAUAGAUGUAGGAGACUAUUUUCAUGUUCAGCCUGUAUGACAAACUAUAGUAUAUAUUGAGUGACCAACUAUAAUAAGAAAUUAUCAUUUAAAAAUGUUUGUCCAGUGAACCACACCUUUAACAAUGGGCAUCAUGGUGUGUUCCAUUUACCUCAGAAAAAAAACAAUUACAACAUUGAUAAUUGGACUUUGACAAAAGAUUUAUUGAAAUUUUUUUUCCAGAUGAACAGAUGCUCAACACGCAUGACAUGAACAACACUGGUGAGUGGCUGCUUCUAUGUUUUUUCAUGUAUAAAAAAGGUUUUCUUGACCCUCAAUGAUAUAAAAUUCAAUUUCUAAUGUGAAAUCUUCUGAAAGGUCUUGAUUCGGUCUACAUUAAUUGAUCAUUUCUCCCAACCAAUUUCCAUAAUUAUUAUUAAUAUUUCCCUUGCAGGGUUAUGGGAGGCUGGUGCCUAUCUCCAGCAGACAACAGGCAGGAUCAUUUGUUUUGUGAUGGAGCAUUCAGGAACCAACAUUUUGUUCUGAAACAUGAAAUCUCUCAUUUUAAAGAGAACUAACAUUUACUGUUGCUUCAUUAUUUUAAUUUGAUGCCUUUUCAUUUUAUCUGAAAAUCCUUUUGGGCAGUAUUCACGGUUCAAAGGUGAGAAAACAUCAGAUUUAAACUGCCCUAUAUCUUUACCGCUGGCACCACCCUCAGGACACCUUUUGUAGCUUCACACUUGGUGGUUCACACUGACGACAUGGUCACAAACGUCCCGUUUUGUUUAGAACUCUCCUGUUUGUCAUUGUGCCACUAAUUAAAGCAGAUGCAGGUGUCACACAGCACGUGGUAUGUCCAGAUUAGGUCGCUGCAGACUCAGGAACAGAACAAAGUUGGUGUGAAACUGCACCCAUGGUUGAUCUCUCACUGAUGAGUCACCAGAUACACAGCAUGGGGGAUUUGCAUGAAGCAGAUUUCAGCUUUCACUGGCUGGUUUUUAUAUUUUAACCUUCAUUUGACUAUAAAUGACUGGUGCUGGUAGGAAGAUACCGUCUGAUGUGAGUCAGUUGUUUAGCAGGUGGCGGCGGUUAAUGAAGCCCUGAGCUUUUGCAUUUCUGUGUAAGUGCAACAGGUCAGAACAUCCGUUUUAUCCACGCUCACACCGGGGACAUUUACACCAGAUCGUUAGCUGUAGCACGCCUCAGGUUCUUGCACGCAAACUUAAUUAAACUCUGGUCAAGUCCGUGACCCAGACGCUUGGUUUUCUGGUUACCUGUCAGCUAGACGCUCACCUUUAAUAUUUGCCCUUUUCCUUCUCUGCUCACUUCCUUCUUAUUGUGUCAAACAACGAGCAAAGUCACAAAAGUGGGAUUUUAAUUUUUAGUUUUAGCAUCAACAGUAGGUUUUGGCUCAUUAUUGUGUGUUAGUGUCAUUAACACUCAUAUCAGUCAGUUUCUUCAGAUAUUUUUUUCCGACUGAACUAUCUAAACCAUAGAUGUUUUAACAAUCAGGUAUUUUGUGAUUUUUGCACGUUUGGGGAACUGAACUGAUCAGCACAACUGAAGCAGAAUUGUCAGAGCUUUUCACCAGAGCAGAGAGGUGUUUGUGCGUGGGGUUUUGAAGGUGUUAAUACAAUGACACAGCAGGAAACUCCCUCUUAUCUCAGCUGCAUUUGACUAUAGCCCUCCUGGUUUUCAUUCUACUGUGUGUCAGGACCUGCCAACAGGAGCACUGCUGUAGAAAUGAGCCAGCCAGGUAAACAACAGAGAUGAUCAACACUUAAAAUUAUACAUCUCGAUUAUUUCAUUUGUUUUUUAAUGUUCUAGUUAAGUUGGAUGACCAUUGUUCCAGAAAAUGAACGACUGUUGGUUUAUUUUAUUACUUGUUGACAGAGGAUUUGCUGAUCCUCUACGAGACAGAGGCAAAGCAGUGGGCGAGCUACCUCCUGUCCGUUUUUACUGGCCCAAUCCCAGAGGAUGGGAUCUGCUGCUAUGAUAUUUCUACAAUGUCCAGCCGACGGGACGACUUCCUGAGGCUGUCUAGCUACAAAUGCAAGCUCCUGAUCCUCACCGAGGGAAUGCUGGAGAGUCUUUGCCAGAUGCGACGCUUCUUCUUGUCCCGUGUGUUGAGUCCUGCAGCGUGCGUGGUCGUGCUGCUUUGUGGGGUGGACAGUCUGACCCCACUGCUGGAGCUGGUGCCCUUGGACGGCGAAGAAUGCCUGCAGAUCUCCAGUGAACAGGAUGCUCCUGACUACAUGGCCAGUGUGAUUGACAUUGUGAGAAAAGGGGCAUGUCGAACAUCUGGAUCAGAGCAGAAGGCCCAACAGAUGCACUCAUCUGGAGCAGACGGGGUCAGGUCCAACAUUGUGGUCAUUCCCUCAAGAGUUCCCUGCAGGAGCUGCACGGAGGUGUUUGUUCUUCUGAAAAACGAGGAGGCCGACGACGACUGUGAGGUGGAGUUCAGCGGUCGGAAUCAGAAAGUGAGAGUGAAGCCUGUUCGCUGGAAUGAGCGGAUCCUGUAUGUCGGCGCACCAGACUUUCCUGCAGGAAAUGUGAGGGUGACCGUCUACAGCAGUGGAAAGCCACUGUGCAGCUCACAGCUGCAGUACUACACGAGCAUUGAGGAACUCACCUGCCUUCUGUCAAACGUGGCAGACCCGGUACAGUUCAUGUGUCAGGCUCUCCAAGUUUCUUGUGCGGACAAGUUGGAUCAGAAGUUGUCCUCCAUGUUGCUGCAGGGCAUGCCCAAAGGAGGCUUUCAGGGACUGAGGAGUGAAAACACACAUGAAAGAGAUCUCCACCGUGAAGACGUACCCUCGUUCCUCCACUUUGCUGCUCGAUAUGGAUUCAGAGGUGUGUCUGGCCUGCUUCUACAGUGUCCAGGCGCUGAACGCGCUCUGCGCACGACCAAUUGCCAUGGACAGACUCCACCCGACAUUGCCAAAAGUCAUGGCCACAUGGAGCUUCAUGUCUUGUUAAAAGAGACAUUGAAAACGUUCAACACAGAUGGGGGCCGCAGUGAUGGCAGCAUCUAUGAGAUGAUGUGCAAUGCAGGUAUAAACCAACAGCCUCAAGAUGAGGACCAAAAGGGGGGUGAUGAUGAUCUCUACACGAUGCUAGGAAAGGACAAUGACUGUAAUUCUGUUGAAAUUCCAAAGAGAGCCAUGGUCCUUGCCAAUCGCCCGCCAGCACCUACACCCCGGCCUGAGGGUGUGCAGGUGAAGGACAGUAAAACCCCCUACAUCGCCCAAGUGUUCAAGAAGAAGAAGAAAACCCCAAGAGGAGGCUCUGAUGUGCAUUCUCUUUCCCCUACACAAACACCUAACCAAGAAACCAGCACCUACGAUACGUUUGUACCAAACCAGUUGCAAGGGCUUGAGAGGCUUGUGGAGCUGCAGCACCAGGUGAAGGCAGGUUCACUCACCAUGGACCAGGCUGUUGGUCACUUCAGGGACUGGCAGCGGGAUCAGAAAGGUGUGGACGCCAAGAAGGAGGAGAAGCGGAGUCACCUGAGAGCCAAUAUGAUCGACAACAGAGACAGCGGUGUCUAUGAUAAAAUCAACAUUGUUCAUCAGACGCCAAGUGCUACCGUCUAUCAGAGUCACAGAGGAAACCAACUGGAUUCGGAGUUUUACAGCAUGCCAGUGGGAGGACAGAGGAAACAUCGGAAAGCUGACAAGCGGUGAAUGUGUUUCAAAUGUAAUACUUUCAUUUAUUUAAAUUCCACUGAAAUGAAUACUUUCUGUAAUGUUUUACACAUUUAUAAGAUGUGUCAUGUAAACUAAGAUUUAAUUUUACUAGUGUUACUCUAUUUCCUUUGUAACUGUGGAAAAUAAGAAAUUUCAUGUGAAGUUAGAGAUUAUUCGCUGUGGAAGUGUAACCUUCCAGUGAAAAUAAAGAUGGCUUCCAGUGAUCAACACAGUGCAAUAUAUUUUAUUUAUUAUUUAGAAGUUCCAAAUGUGAUUGAGUGUAGUGGCUCUUAUCCUGGAUGUAAAACUGCCCAAAAAACUUUACUUUUAGCACUAACAACGAGCUAACAUGUGCGAACUAACACUAAAGUAAACCACGAACUAAAAGGAUCCACUAGCAACAAAGCCAGGUCACCAUCAGUCCAU